UCACCGCCGCGUGCGCACGUUACUCUGACCAUGGAUUUUACCGGCAAAGUCGUGAUUGUUACCGGUGCCAGCUCGGGAAUUGGGGCAGCCACUGCCAAACUCUUCGCUUCAUAUGGUGCCCUGCUAACAUUGGUCGGCAGAAACGAAGAGAGACUGCUCAGAGUGGCCGAAGCCUGUGAACAGGCUAAAGGAAACAAACCCAUCAGCCUACUCCUGGACUUAACCCAGAAUAACAGCUGCGAAGAAGUGGUCAGGAAGACAGUGGAAACUUACAAAAAAUUGGAUGUAUUAAUCAACUGUGCAGGCAAAGUGGUUCUUUCGACUCUGUUUGACAACGACAUGGAUGGACUGGACGAAAUCAUAGCGAUAAAUCUGCGUGUACCGUACAGGUUGACCCAGUUAUGUCUGCCACACUUGACCACUAGUAAAGGGAAUAUUGUCAACGUUUUCGGUGCUCCAAUGAGGUCCAGACCAGGGUUCACACCUUUCUGCAUGAUACGAGAUGCUUUGGAGAGAUUCACUAAGUUCGGAGGCUUGGAAAUAGCUCCAGUUGGAGUCCGUAUGAAUGCUGUAAGACCGGGAAUAACCAGGACGAAUUUCUUGUCAAACUUCAACAUUUCCGAGGAUGUCAUGGACCAAGUCUACGAGGUGAUAUCCCAAGUGGUGCCAACAGAAAAGAUCAUAGAACCGGAGGAGAUAGCUCGGAUGAUACUGUUUACUUCGAGUGACAUUUGCCCCAAUUUGAACGCUGCUAAUCUUGUGGUAGACGGCGCGGCGUCGUGGUCUUAAUGUGAAUUAUAUUCGAAUAAGUUUAGUACAGUGAUCUGAUAAUUAAAUGUUUUUGUUGGAGUUUACAAAGUUGCUACUUAAUUUAAUUGGCUCGUAUCUCACUUAGCUUCAUUCACCUUUCUGCCUGCCCUGUGUAAUCGAAUCUUAGUGGAAUUUAAAUGCCGAGGUGCAUUUGAGCUGAAAUUUUGGAUGUAUGUAAGUUAUAAUUCAGUAUUAUGGUAUAACACAGCUGGUAAAAUUAGAAACUUUUUUUGGAUUUUGCAGAAUGAUUUAUGAAGAAUUUAUUAAUUGUAGGUGUUUUUUUUAACUUACAGCUUAUGAAAAUGUUUACAGUUUAAAUUUUGUUGAAAUCAAAUAAUUUAUUCACACAUUUAGGCCUAUUCGAGUUUUUAGUUUCAUAUCUGAGAACUGACCUGCCUGCACACAGAGAUUUUGAUAUUAUUUGAUGAAAAACAUCUAGACAGAUAUCUAAUAUUUACUUUUAUCAGAUUAUAUUGACUUUUAUCAGAUCACUGAGUAAACCAUUGAUGCGGAAAUCAAUUACAUUGAAUCUAGUUAGAUUAUAAAAUGAACUUGCCCUAACCAAGGCCAAUAGAUUCUGUAUACAGGGUGGAAUUUUGUAAUGCCACCUGGAGGGAAAGUACUCUUAAUACUGUAGAUAGAAAAUUUUACUGAAAGAAAACAUUCCUUUAUUUUUGAGGCAAGCAAAUUUUUGUAAAUCUUUGAA